AGCUGCGAUCCUCAUAAUCAUUGUCCAUCAGGUUCAUCACGCUGUUUCGACGACUUGGUGCUGGUCUUGAUCUUGACCUCGAACGUGACCUGUUGCGUCUUGCUGAACGACUCCGCUGAAAACCAGGUGGGAAUACCAUGUUUAUUCUUGAUAAUAAUAUUUUGAAAUCCAAGAUUAUUCUGCUGUGAAGAACCAAAUCGCGCAAAACAAUUGAUGUUAAAAUAAUUCAUCAGGAGUGCAUAAGUGUGUGUAAAAAAUUUCGUUUCUGUUUUACAACGAGAAUUAUAAUUGACAUUUUGACAAAGAUUAAUAAUACCAUCGUCAUACACAGAGUUGUCAAUUUAAUUCCAAUAUUAUCCACCGGUGGCUCUCCACAAAAUCUGUGCAUUGGAAUGACGAGAGCACGGCGCUUUCUUCCUGUGAGCCGGCGACUUCCAUAUUAGGCGAACGGUGUGGAUAAGAAAAAAUCCAUAGUCUAGCGCUCCAAUCCGUGCCUUACAUCUGUUCUAAAGGAAAAAACGCAAAGAGGAACAAAGGUUAAGUGCUCAAGUUCUUAGCGUAUGACUCAGACCCUGCAUAUAUAAUCGUAUUAAACUUGCGCAUCAUGGAGCGAGCCGUGCAGGUGAGGGAGGCCAGGCGGGAGGACUGCCCGGAGAUCCGACAGCUGAUCCAGGAGCUGGCCGACUUCGAGGAGAUGCCGAACGGCCCGAAGCUGGAUUGCGCAGCUCUGCAGAGCGACGGCUUCGAGCGCGAGAGGCCAGAGUUCGGCUGCCUGGUGGCGGUGUGCGAGGAGAGGAUCGUGGGCUACGCGCUGUACUUCAACGUGUACACCACGCUGGACCGCAAGGCCGUGCACCUCGAGGACCUCUACGUGAGCCCGGACUUCCGCAAGAGGCACGUCGGUAGCCGGCUCUUCGACAGUGUGGCCAAGAGAACCUUCGACGAGGGAUGCCAGUAUCUGGACUUCACGGUGCUGAGCUGGAAUCCGGCGCAGGGCUUCUACAAAGCUAAGGGGGCUGUGAACGUAACCGAGGCGGAAGGCUGGCACGCGUAUCGCCUCGAUCGCCGAUCUCUGCUGAGCUUAGCAUCGAGGCUCUCGCGCAACGGCGAGUAUGUCGUUCGAGAGGCGACGAGCGACGAUCUCGGUGCGAUCGGAAAGCUGGCCAAGGACGCGCACGUCACUCUAAACGUCCGAAUCUCAAAGUACAAGAAGCCAAAGCCGGACGAAAUAUCGGUCAUAAGUGCCGACGAAACGAUCGGCGACAAAACAAGCGAUGACUACUACGGUUACUUUGUUGUCGAGUCGCGUCGCCGAGUUGUUGGCUACGCGCUCUACUGCUGCGCGUACUCGACGUGGGAACGCCUGGCGAUGUAUCUCCAAGAGCUUCACGUCUCCCCAAACGAGCACUCGACGGACAUGAAAGUGGAUUUGAUGGCUGCCGUGGCUAAGUUUUCCCUGGCUUGUUUUCAGAGAGCUUGCGAGGAAGACCGCUGCCGAGUCGACUUCUGGGUGCUGGACCCGAAGAACGACGGCCAAUUCUACACGUCCGUCGGAGCGACUGACCUCACUGAGAUCGAAGAGUGGAAUAUGUACAGAUUAUACGAAUUAACUAAAAAACCAGCUUGAAAAAUUAUAUAUCGCUCGUUAUUCAUUCACUUUCAUUGCUCGAUAAUCGGGGCGACCGACAUUUGUCAACUGCUUAUCGCCGAAGCGCGCGUUUUCCCUCAAAGUCCACCAGACACGUCCAAUUGCUUCUUUGAAAACGCGAUGACUUUUGAAUGCAAGCAUAAUUAAUCCUCGAACCGAGUGAUUUUUUAUGUUCAUUUCCACAAUUAGCGAGAUAUCGAUAAACGUUCGGCCGAUGCGACAACAAGAUAGCGAACAGUCCGAUUUAUAUGACGGAUGAGCGGAA